UUUGAUUGGUUUCUGCACUGAUAUAUUUUUUGCAUCUGUGGAACGAAGUAAACACUCAACAUGGAUGGUUUCUUACUGCUUUCGUUCGAAUUUUAACUUAAAAUUGUUUAAAAUGCUUUAGUAAUACAAAAGAGGAUCUAAAAUAAAUUGUAAAAAUGUCAUCAGAAAGGGUUGAAUGGGUGGAGAUUAUAGAACCGAAGACAAAGGAGCAUAUGUAUGCUAACCUCACAACUGGCGAAUGUGUUUGGGAUCCUCCUGAGGGAGUAAAAGUAAAACGCACAGAUUCAUCACAAUGGUGGGAAUUGUUCGACAUCAAUACACAUAGGUUUUAUUACUAUAAUGCAUCUACACAGAGUACUGUGUGGCACAGACCUACAGAUUGUGAUAUUAUACCUCUAGCAAAGCUUCAAACUUUGAAACAAAAUACUGAUCCUCAGAAAAGACGUGAGACAUCAACUCAAACAAACCAAGCUGCACCACAGAUCCCUGUUACACUUGAUCCGAUUAGUAGCAAUGGAAACAAUACCGUGGCGAGCGUGAGCAAACUUUCUCCGUGCAAUACUAAAAAUGUGACAAUCACACAAACCAGUCCCGUUCGUACUAGGAGAACUCAUUACCACCACAGAAACAGUGGGGAGAGCAGACGCGGACGGCUAAGUGAAGACGGUACCACGGCAGUAUGUCGUCACACGGACUCCGGUCGCUCCUCAGACAGCAGCAUCAGCAGCGCGCAGCAACGCCGCAAGCAGGAGCUGAGCAGCGCGUGCACGCCGCAGCUGCGCAAGCGCAGCAGCGCGCAGCCCGCGCCGCCCGCGCCGCCCGCGCCCGCGCACGCCGCGCCGCCGCUCGACGACAAGUGGUCGCCGCAUUCGGGUCUCAAUCGCAGCGGCAGUUUUGUGUCGCCUCGAAAGGAUGCCUCGGACGAUUCUAUGCACGAAAAGUAUUUUAAAUCUGUCGAAAGCACACCGUUAACGAGACGUAAGCUAAAACAACAAUCGGCCGGCGGCUCGUCUUGCGAUUCAGCGUCGCCGCAAAGUCCUAGUAGUCCGCUGCAGAAACCACAACCGACGCCAUUCUUGCAGGCGAGCGCGGCGCGGCCGUCGCUGGUGUCGUCCAUCUCGCUGGCGGAGGGCGCGCGCGCGCUGCACUCGCUGGAGCGCCCGCACCACCUGUCGCGGCACGCGCGCGAGCGCUUCUCCGACAGACACUUGGACAAAGAACGUCUGGCGGAGCUCGAGCGUAUGGAGCGGUACCCUGAGAAGCAGGCGGUGUACAGCGUGGACAAACCCUUCCGACAGACCAGCCUCGACCUGCGACACAACGCCUCCAGCUGGCAUCCGCCGAGGGAGUUCACGAGACGGCAGCAGGCGGAGCCGGAGCGCUACACGUCGAGCAAGGCGUCGGUGUCGUCGGGCGGCAGCGGCGCGCGCGCGCACGAGCACCUCGCGCUGGCGCGCGCCGCGCCCGCCGCGCCCGCCGCGCCGCUCGAGCCCGACGUCGCCGCGGUUAACUUUAAACUGAAAUGCGUGAAUCUGGAGCCUGCCUUGACGGAGCCCAAUGUACAGAAACACAAUCAACGCCUAGAAAGAACUUCCACGCCACGGGACCGUACGAAAUCCCGUCGGCAUAAGAGGCCAAUAGAAGAUGAUCCUCAAAUCGAUGGCGAGGAAGAAGACGAAGAAGGAGGCGGGUCGCCUCUCUACUGCAAUUGGGAUUUACGCGGCAUGCAGCACCUAUUGCCUCUGCAGGACUAUAUCAUCCAACAAGCUAAACUCUCCAGUCGCGGUCGCUACGCCGGGUCAGACUCGGACGGAGAGUCCUGCACGUCGCGCUCCCGGUCCGGCUCCGAGUCGCGUUCGCUGUCCGGACACGAGCCGGACAACGAGUCAUCGGACGGCGGGGCGCGCACUCCCGACGACGACGACGGCUCCGGCGUGUACUUGCCGCACACGUACGCGCACCGCCCGUCCGAUGUGGAGUACAUGAAUCACGGCGUUUCCUACUACAACACGUUCGUGGGCUUCGAGCGGGACCGACAGCCGUCGCCCGGCAUACAUCGGACGUCGUCGCUGGGCGGCGGCGGCGCUGGCGGCGCGGGCGGCGCGGGCGGCGCGGGCCCGGACGGCGCCCGCGCGGACGGCGCGCUGUACAGCCCCGUGCGCGCGCACGCGCACCCGCACGCGCACGCGCACGCCGGCCCGCCGCCCGAGCAGGACAUCGAGAUAUUCGCCAAAGACAACCUCAACUUCAACAAGGGAAUAUUCAGAAGAAAGGCCUCGGUCCGCGACAUGCUGUCGUGGACGUCGUCCUCCAUCAGCGCUCCGAUGGUGGGCGCGGAGUGGGACAAGGCGCACAAGAAGGCGGCCAUCGACCUGUUCCGCCUCGUGCAGAUCUAUAUGGGCGACCGCAAGGCCCGGCCCGGCAUGACGCUCAACUCGGUGGCGCAAGACAUACUGCACGCCACCUUCAGCAACGAGAAACUUCGAGACGAGCUCUACGUUCAGCUGUGCAGGCAGACGACUGAAAACCCUCUAAGAGACUCCUUACUGCGCGGCUGGGAGUUACUGGCCGUGUGUCUCGCCUUCGUGCCGCCGUCUCCUGCCUUCCAACCCGCUCUCACUAAUUAUGUUAAUAGACACAGGGAUCCCGCUUUUGCCGACUGUUUUCCAGAGGUCGGUAAGUGGCCGAUCCACGUUCAAGUAUCACAUUAUGCGAGCGUAGCGUGCAAGAGACUCGAAAGGAUUGGCUUCGGAGGCAAGAGGCCGCCUCGGAAACCUAGCACUGAAGAUAUCGAUCAAGCUAGAAUCCAGAUCUUCCGGCAGUCGAUGUUCGGCAACACGCUGGCGGAGGUGAUGGCGCUGCAGCGCGAGCGCUUCCCGCAGCGCGCGCUGCCGUGGGUGCAGACGGCGCUGUCGCAGCAGGUGCUGGCGCUGCACGGCCGCGACACCGAGGGCAUCUUCCGCGUGCCCGCCGACGUGGACGAGGUGGGCGCGCUCAAGGCCAAGAUCGACAACUGGGAGCUGCCCGACGCCACCAUGCUCACGGACGCGCACGCGCCGGCCAGCCUGCUGAAGCUGUGGUACCGCGAGCUGUACGAGCCGCUGAUCCCCGACGCGCUGUACGGCGCCUGCGUGUCGGCGGGCGCGGACUUCGCCGCCUGCACGCGCGCGCUGCAGCGCCUGCCGCCGCUCAACCGCCUCGUACUUACGUAUUUGAUAAGCUUCCUUCAACAAUUCGCCGCCCCCGAGGUGGUGAGUCAGACCAAAAUGGACUCGUCCAAUCUGGCGAUGGUGUUCGCGCCGAACUGUCUCCGCUGCACCUCGCAGGACCCUCGAGUCAUACUCGAGAACGCGCAUAAGGAGAUGACCUUCCUCAAAACUCUCAUCACUAACCUCGACACCUCCCACGUACAGGAUCUGCUGUGACCGACGAAUCUCAAUUACUGUAACAACAAUGUCGCCAGACAAACUUUCUAGCGACGGUUGAUUUUAGUCCCUAAAUUAAUUAUCAUAAGCUAGUGGUGUAGGCUCGAUGUCCGCGGGGAAGUACCGCGUGCGAGCAGGGUGCCGCUCUCACGGGUCUUAUGGAACGCUAUGACGCUGUAUGUAUCACGCGAAAGAGAACGAUACAUUAAAAAAAAUCAAUUGGCACAAUGAUGACAUAAUUUAAAUACAAAAUUUAUAUCGGUCAAGACGAUAUAUAUAAAUAAAAUAAAAGUAUAUCUUUCAUUAUAAGCAUGUUGCUUAAAUAAUUAUUAAAAUGUACCUUAACGUUACCACGCGAUAGCGACUGCCUUUCCCGCGGACAGCGAGGCGGCGAUGCUGCUGUAGUAGCGAAUCUAAUGCCUUUAGUGCAAGUAGUGGGAGGAGUUGACCAUUUCCUAUCAAUUAACGUAUGUAUACCAUAUUUCAGCAGGUUCGAUUACGCCUAGGAAGUAUAUGCGAACUUGAUAAUUCCCUUACUUGAAUUAUAAUUGACAUUCUUGUAUAUUUUUUGUAUUUUUGUACGCUGUGUAAUACUUUUAUUUGGUCGUAUCCAAAGAUAUUUAAUGAGAUGUGAUUUAAAAAUAUAUUUAGACUUGAGCUUUACAAAAGUGUA